AUGGACAACAUCACGAACAUCAAGGACGAGUGCGAGGUUAUGCGCGAGCGUCUCGAGGAUCUUCCUCAGGAACUCUAUGACCAGAUCUACAAGACAGUCUUCACCGCCCCGCCAGGAGUACGCAACAUGCACAAUGGAGAUGGAGUAAACACCAGACUCCUGCAAAUCUCUCGAGCAUCUCGUGCGCUUUACGCCAAAUCCUACUAUGGUGCGGGUGCAGACUUCGUCUUCACCAGCGAGAUGUACUUGUAUCACUCCACCAUGCUGUCGUGGAUCCAAGUCCUGCCCGCCGAGCAUUUGGAAUACAUCGAGCGAAUCACCAUGAUCUCUUUCGAGCAAGCUUCUCCAGCUAUGAUCGCACUCGAGAUUGAUUGGGUGAAGGCAUCCUACCAAGUUUUGGGAUUGGACCACGUCGUGAGUAAGUGCGUCUUUGUGCGCAAGUGCGCCUCCAUGAUUUCUCCGAUGGGACGGAAUGAUGGCUUGGAGGACAACAAAGACGAGCACGAGCCAGGAAGGAAGUUCGGCCAGAAUCGUAUCGACAAGCUCGAUGAUUGGAUCGUUGCCAAUGAGGGGUAUCGUUGUACACGACACGACUGA